CCCAUAACUUUCAUUUUCAGCCGUUUCGACAUUCUCUCAGCGUAAACUGCGUACGAAUAAGCAUGUUAAGACUUAGAUGAGCGUAGCUAUUUAUUCUAAUUUGUAGGUGACGUCUUUUGACAUGUUCCUCUGGGCGCUCAACAGCGUCAGCCUGCGUUUCUCCUCGUUUUUGGCAGUUUAACCGACCGAGAUGCGGCCGUCGGUGACAGCCACGAUGUGGGCCGGUUUGUUGCGCCUGUGUUUGUUGGCCGCUGUGUCCACCGCGUCCGCGAGUGAAUUGUACGGGAUGGUGGGUGCUGAAGUUGAUCUCGAGCCAAUGUCUGAUGGGAGCCCCAUCACCAAAAUAACAUGGAGAGACGGUCCUAACAUUGCCAUGGACUGGGAUGAUAAUGGAUUUGAAUCGUUUCGUCAUUUUAAAGACCGAGGCCACCUCAACAUGUCAACUGGAGUGAUGACAAUCACAGGAUUGGUGGCAAGUGACAGUGGAAUGUACACACCUGAGAUCAACGGCAAGACGUUGGAUUCAAUUCAGCUUACAGUCAUCCAUCCUGUCCCUGUACCGACUGUUGAGACGAUGUGCGAUGAGGAAAUGACCACAUGUACGUUGACCUGUACUGGAAACACCGCAGGAGCUGAACCAGUCACCUACACAUGGAAGGAGGACCAGACGACCAGACCAGAGUCAUCUAAUAACAUUAAUAUCCUUAAGAGUGUGCCCCAGAACGUAGAAGUAAAAGUGUUCAGCUGUGAGCUGAAGAACCCGGUCAGUAACGAAAUCAGCGUAGAGUUCAAAAACCCUCUCAACAACCCAAAAACACUGAGAAUAUCUGCAGGAAUAACGGUCUGCGUUUCUCUAAUCGCCGUUGUACUGGUGCUGGCACUCAUUCACAAAUGGAUAUCAGGAGUCUGGUUCUAUGAGAAAGAAUCCAUGCCCUGGCAGCUAGACUUCUGGAAGAAGGAGCCGAGGACCGCUAAUGAGUCGAAUGGCACCACCGCUCGUCAGACUAAAGAUCAAACAGAUGAGGAAACGCCGAUGUAUUAAGAUGGCUGAACAAUACCAGUGAACCUGUGAAGAUACACAAGAUCCAGGAACUGAAAAGGUUUUGCAUUGUGCAGUCAUGAAGUGGAAUUUCACGCACUGGGAAGAGCCCCGUCACGUGUUAAUCAUUAAAUCCGAUAUUUUAAACAGGACGUACUUGUUUAUCCAGGCACUACCUGCUACUUCAUGUCUCUUCCUUUUAAAAUGUAUGAGACAAUACAAGUUGAAAUAAACUUAAGGCAAAAGACUGCAGCCCAGAACUGAAAACAACCCCAACCACAGAGAGAAGCUGCGAGACCUUCCUGAGGUGUGCUUCACCAUUUCCGAGGCAAAUUUUGAACAAUACCAGGAAGGCCAGCAACGUGUGCUUUCCUUCGGCAGACUUCAUGAACGCACCUUGAGCUCAUUACUGCUUGGGAUUUUUCAUGAGUGGAGGUGGUCCGGAUACGCAGACAGUGUGGGGAGAAGCUGAGCUGACACCCCUGGAGGGAAUAAAAGAAAAAAAAAAAGCGGAGGCCAUCGUCUGGCCGGCUAACAAAUCUCCGUACUUGCAAGUCACAGUAUGUCCGUCUCCUACUAUACUCUGUAUCUCUGUAUUCACAUUUUCAUCAUAAUAUUGAAUUGUUAGUCAACAUACAAGAGCUGCACUUUUAAAAAGCGCAAUUGUCUGUGAAACUGGUUUUUAACAUCCCUCUACUUGAUCUAAAUCAGCUGACAAACAAGUUGCCAUUUUUAACUCGUAAAAAGUUGCAGACACUCAACAACUGAAAGCACUAAGACUGUUGGUAUUUAUUGUAGUUUGUGUUUAAGGGUUAUAGAGGUAUAUUAGUUGCAUUUUAUAUGAGGUAUGUUCAGUUAAAAAAAACAAAAUGCUAACAAUGAAUCCUCUUGACAUUUUUUUUAAAUUUGUGCACUAUAGAGCUUCACCACUUGAGGGCAGCAAAUCACAACUGACAAGAGUCACGUAAGGGAGGUUUGAUAAAAUGCUGGCUGCCUAUUGCCAUAAAUUAUCUUGUAACUUGAGACUAAAUCAUGUAUUUAACCUCGUCAUCAGCUCUAAUGUGAAUGCUGGACUAGACAGAAACCUGGCACCAUUUUGCAUCAGUAUGACUUUGAUCUGUUACAAAGUUUUUUUUUAAUUUUAAUUUAAUGGUCUUAAAUUUUAACAGGCAAUAAAAAUCCACAAAUCCAGCGCAAAUACAUUUGAUUAAUUCCAUUUCAUUCCCGAUUAGACCUAGUAGACAUGUUUUCAGGGCGAAGCGACUCCCAUCACGUCGCCGUGUCCAGCUGUAGAAACAAUCUAAAAUCAAAACUCCUGCUGAGAGAUCCAGGAAAACUAUUGAGAAUCAGGGACCUCUAAGUCGCUGUGAGCAGCAGCUGACCAAACAAGUGACUUUCACACAACCAUUUAUGAAGCUAGUAGUUUAAAAAAAAAACAGCAUUAUAACCAGGGGAGGAGUAUGAAAACUCAUUUAUUGAUUCUGUGGUUUCAACAAAUUAUUAACAGAAUUCCCUCAGCUUUAAAUCUCAUCGUCUUGUUCCCAAGAAACCCAGCAUACACUCCUUUUAUUUUUGCUUGUUUGUUUUUUUGUUGUUGUUUUUUUUUCUUUUUAAGAUGGUCCCACAUUUAAAAAUGUAUUAUGCCUUGUAUUUGUGCCUUCUAAUCUUUCAUUGAAAGUUCUGGGAACAAAUGAGAGCAUGUAAAGAGUUGGUUUUGCAUUUAAAUAAAAGAGUCCUAUCCACCAAAA